GUGUCUUUCUUCUGUUUACUGUUGUUCGAGUUGUUAGAGUUCACUGGUCACGUGACAUGCAUUCCUCUCCUGUGGAGAGGAAGUGUUCAUGUUUACAGUUAUUUGUACACAUGUUAUCAUUAACCUGCUGUUUUUCAGUGCUGGUGAUGUUGUAAAUUCAGGUAUCACAUCUUUCCUGAGUUGUUAGUCUCUUUUUUUGCUGUAAAACGGGAAAAAUCCCGACGCUGUGAUUUCUCUGUUUAUGUCCAAACUCCACACACUGCACUACUACACUGAGUUAUACAGUAUAGUGAGAGUAUAGAGUACUUUUUAGUACAGUAUACUUAAAUACUCUAUAACACAGUGUAGUAGUGUAGUGCAGUGCAGUAGUAUGCAAGUUUCUCCAAAGCAUUUCUUAAAGAGACAUACAGGACAUGUACAUGCAGCAUCAUAAUCUGUUCAUAAUCCACUAAUAAUUCGACUGAAAGCUCAAUCUGACUAGAAAAAAGUUCAUGUAUGCACUUCAAUCCCUUUAAUAAUCCAGUAAAUGGAGGAAUAACAACGUAAGGCUUUGUAUCGGAUUAAUUUCACUAUCGGAAUGUGAGUUUGAGACACUAAAAUACCUUUUUUUAAGAAUAAAAAGGUCCAAAGUUCAUAUUACAUAUAUUCUUUUUAUUAAAUAAAGGGUUGUGGUGGGUAGCGUUGCCGCCUCACAGCUCCAGGGUCCUGGGUUCGAUCUGUGCAGAGUUUCGCACGUCCUCACUGUGUCUGCACGGGUUUCCUCCGGGUUCUCCGGUUUCCUCCCGCCGUUCAAAAACAUGUAGGUAGCUGGAUUGGCUAUGCUAAAUUGCUAGGAGAGAAUAUGUGUGUGUGCACGGGUAUCUUAUCCCAGGUGUAUUCCUAGCUCAUGCCCAGUGUUCCUGGGAUCCACUCCAGAUCCAUGCAGGAUAAAGCGAAAGUGAAAAAAAAAUUCAUCGGGAAGCCACAUUUCUACGCAACGUUCUAUCAGCCCCGGAUCAUGGAGGAUAACAGCAGUCAACUGGAACUGAUAAUGUCUGAUUUGGAUGAGGAAGCUGAAGGGAACAGAGUCGAAGAGGUUGUGACUAAUCGCGUCCAUCCUUCCUUCAUCAGAUCAAGCCAGCAUACUUUCAGUAGCAUCUGCUUCAUGGUUACUGCCGCUCUUUUCCUGUUUGCUUUUGGAUCCCUGAUUGGCUACGUUGCUCAUACAAAGAGAGAUGGAGGCACUCCAAGCUGCAUAGAGUCUACUUCCUCUGAAGAUGUGGUUCAGACAGAAACAAUCUUAGACUGGAGCAAUAUUACAUCCUUGUUAAAAAAUAAACUGACCACAAGCAGCAUUGAAAACAGUCUUAAUGAAUUCUCAAGUACCAGUCAUCAGGCAGGAUCUCCAGGAGACAUGGAGAUGAGCAGUAAAGUGUGGAAAAAAUUCACUGAUUUUGGCAUGAUGCCUUGGACUGAUUCACACUUUGUUAAGCUCCAUGUCCGUCCUACAAAAGGCACCAACACAGUGGUGUUCCAUAAUAAAACAUUUUCUGAACCUGGCUAUUUGGCCUACAGUCCGACUGGAACAGCACAGGGUGCAGUUCUGUAUGCUCAUUACGGACAAACAGGGGACUUUAAGUCCCUGCAAGAUUUACAUAUAAGUUCAGAAGGAAAGAUCGUCUUGAUCAGAGCUGGAAAAAUAAGUUUUGCUGAAAAGGUUGCUAACGCUGCCAGUGUGAACGCAAGUGCAGUGCUGAUCUAUCCGGAUCCUGCUGACUACUCGUUUGAUGAAGAAACUAGUCUGUUUGGUCAUGUCCAUCGUGGUUCUGGUGAUCCAUUCACUCCAGGUUUCCCAUCUUUCAACCACACUCAGUUUCCUCCAGCUAAAUCCUCUGGUCUGCCAAGCAUACCUGCCCAGACCAUCAGAGCCAGUACAGCUGCAGCGAUCAUGAGUAAAAUGGGAGGUCAUGAUCCACCUCCUGAAUGGGCUAGCGGCAGUCUGCGAGAUGUAACAUACAAGCUUGGUGGUGAUGAUGACGUUGUCUCUGUUGACGUCAACAACGAUCUCACUGUGACGAAGAUCUUCAACAUGUUUGGAGUCAUCAAGGGUUUCAUAGAUCCAGAUCGUUAUGUGGUGAUUGGAGCUCAGAGAGAUGCCUGGGGUCCUGGAUUUGCGAAGUCUACUGUUGGCACGAGCUUGCUGAUUGAGUUAGCCAGAGUUAUUACCAGCAUGAUACAUGAAGAUGGAUUCAGACCCAGGAGGAGCAUCGUGUUUGCAAGCUGGAGUGCUGGAGAAUACGGGGCUGUGGGUGCCACCGAGUGGCUGGAGGGCUAUUUGUCUUCAUUGAAUAUGAAAGCCUUCUCCUACAUUAGCCUGGAUGGGGUUGUCACAGGUUCCGUUUUCAAAGCAAGUGCAAGCCCAUUGAUGUAUGACUUGAUAGAAAGUACUCUGAAAGAGGUAUCUUCCCCCAGUGACCCCAGCAAGAGUUUAUAUUCUCAAGUGGCUGGAAACAACUGGGAGGUGGCUGUGAUGGAGCCGAUGAGGAUGGAUGACCCCACUUAUCCAUUCCAGACCUUCGCUGGUAUUCCGUCAGUCUCAUUCCAAUUUACUGAGAAUAAACAGUACCCAUUCUUCGGCACCAUGUUAGACACCAGAAAGAAUCUGGAAGCUAAAACAUCUACGGAAUUGCUUGUGGUGGCCAAGGCAGCAGGUGAGAUCGCAGGGGUGAUGGCUCUUCGCCUGGUGCAUGACCGCCUGCUCAGACUGAACGUGGAGAAAUACAAAAACGUCAUGAAUAUACACAUAGUCAAAAUCAACAAAGAAGUGAUGCGUCUGCAGAAGUUCAGCCACCUUACAGAGCAUGUGCAAAUGCAGUGGUUGAUGUCAGCUUUGGGUUCAUACAGUCGUGCUUCUAAUCGACUCAUCACCAGCAUGGAAAACAGCGACCUUUAUGACCUGCAGCAAUGUCGCAUCAUCAAUGACCAAAUCAUGGGGGUGGAGAGGAAUCUGCUGUCUCCCUACGUGUCUCCCUGGGACACUCCGUUUAGACACAUAUUGCUUGGCUCUGGGUCACACACUCUGGGAGCUGUGUUCACACACCUGGCCUCCAUACAGAACGGUACCUCCAGUGUUGACGCUGUCCUACUGAAUAAUCAGAUUGCUGUGGCUGCCUGGAUGAUAGAGAGCUGUGCCAGUGCGCUCGCAGGGAACAUGUGGGACACGGAAAACGAACUUGCCUAAGAAAUUUGCACUGGAUUGCACUAUUACACUGCAUAAGGUGUCAGAGACAUUAUAUGAAUGAACUGACAUUGAUCAGACCGACUUAAAGCAUUACUCUGUGCUAUAUUUCAGCCCACUGCUGUGUUUCACCUGGACGUGUGCCGAUAAUGUGAUAAAAAAAGAAUAAACCACUUGGGACAUGCUUUUAUAGGAAAACAAUCAAUGCCCAAGAACCCCCUUUACAACACCAGCCUCUUUUUUUUCUCUCUCUUGAAGCAAAACAUGGCUUGUCAUCGUACCGAUAAACAGCAGAACGUAAACUCCUCUGUCCUGAAGACUUUACUGUGUUGGAAAACCGACUGUUACCAAGUGCUGACACUGGAGACUCCUUCCAUAAUUGUUGAAUAAACAAAUAUGUGUAUAUGGAGUAUCCCUGUGAAUAAGAAUGAGCGCAUUAAACUUGUGAUUUGUCUUGCAGCUGGAACUACUGUCAGAGAUUCUGUUAGAGAAAAUGAAUCAACACUUUCUGACCAAUCAGAAUCGAGUAUUCAAUAGACAUGUGGUGUCAAAAAAAAAAAAAUAAAA